AUGGAGUGCAAUAGAGAAGACGCGACGAAGGCUAAGGAGCUAGCCGAAGCGGCUCUUGCAGGCGGCGAUUACGCCAGGGCUCGUCGACUAGUAAGGAAAGCGCAAUCCCUCUUUCCCAAUCUCGACGGGCUCACGCAGGUCUGUGCCGUGGUCGAAGUCCACGAAGCUUCGCUGAACCGCGUGGGAGGAGACGUGGACUGGUACGCUCUUCUCCAAAUCCCCGCAUUCUGCGAUGACGACAGUCAGAUCAAGAAGGCGUACCGUCGCCUGGCGCUGUUGCUGCAUCCGGACAAGAACAAAACCAGCGGAGCGGAAGCAGCGUUCAAGCUGCUAUCCGAGGCGUUCACGGUGGUAUCAGACAAGCAGAAGAAGGCCGUUCAUGACGCCAAACGACGAUUAAACGUAACCGCAGGCAGAGCAGGAGCAGCAGCCGGCGCUAAUGCCUCGAGGAGUCAACACAGAGCUCCAGCAGCAGCGAAACCCCCGCCUGCAGCACCAGCAGGAGGAGCAGCAGCAUCAGGUGCGGGGGGACAGGGAGCGGGGAAUCAGUUCGAGACGCGGUGUCCGACGUGCGGGACGCGGUUCUUGUGUUUGCGGGACGCAAUGGCGGCCGUUGUACAGUGCAUCAUCUGCAAGAGCUCGUUCAAGGCCAUGCCUGCCACCGCGUCUGCCUCUAACGCGUCUGCCGCUGGCAAUGCAGCUGGGGACAGCAGCGAUGAUGACGAGGAGUGGGACUUCCGUAUGGACGCAGACAGUGAUGAUGACGAUGCUGGUCGUGGUGGUGGUGGUGGGGGAGGAAACAGGGACCCCUUGCAGGGGGGUUACCAGGGGUGGCCGGCAGGCACGGGGCAGGCACAGGGAGAGGGCGGAGGGGUGGGGGAGGAUGAGGAGAUGGUUGGAGGCGGUAUGAGGCGGUCGGCGCGCAGCAGGAAGCCGGUGGUGUACCACCUGGGGGAUGACAACGACGAUGAUGACGUCAUGGAGGUGACCGAGGCCGGGGCGGGGAUGAAAGGGGCCAAUGGGACGGGCGCAGGGGGCGGUGGUCAACCCAGGAGACCCAGGGCUGACCAAGACUCAGCUGUGGGAGGAGGUGAUGCGAGCAAGGGCUCCGGGGCUGAUAGCAGACACGGACUGGCUGGAGACGCCUCAGGGAGGGUGCAAGGAGAGGGGAAUUCCACGGAUGUGCCUAUGGAUGACAAUCCAGGGGUCGCAGCAGGGAGGGAAGAGGGGAGGAGUGGUGAAAGGCGAGGGGAGGGCCGUGGCAGCAGCAGUGGGGGGAAGAAGAGUGGUGAUGGAAAGAGGAAUGGGUUUAUGCAUGAGGGGGAGGUGGUGGAGCUUAUCUCGUCUGAUGAAGAGGAAGAGGAGAGCGAGGAGGAGGAGGAGGAGGAGGAGGAGGAGGAGGAGGAGGAGGAGGAGGAGGAGGAGGAGGAGGAGGAGGAGGAGGAGGAGGAGGAGGAGGAGGAGGAGGAGGAAGUGGUGCGCUUCUCUGUUCCAGAUCCCGACUUCCACUGCUUCGAUGAUGAUCGCACGGAGGAAACAUUUCGACAAGGCGAUGUGUGGACCCUCUAUGAUGACUCUGACGGCUUCCCCCGCUUCCUCUGCGCUAUCCGCCAAGUGUCCCACUCGCCCUUCUCCUGCACUAUAGUCUGGCUCGAGGCGGCCGCACUUUCCAAGAAGCGCACCGUUGCCGCUGCUACUAUCACUCAGACCGAGGCAGCAGCUGCUCUGGCCGACCCAGCAGAACGAGCAGAGCCCAGCAUCGGAUACUUCAAAUUCGGCAAGCCCACAACGUUCGACUCUGUUAACACCUUCUCUUUCCGGAUUUCCAAGCUGGCUUCCCCAAACGCGCGUACGGCUACAGUUUUGCCGGAGAUAGGCCAGGUGUGGGCGCUGUAUGCAGAGAGAUCGUUUGCCAGGCGGAAAUACUAUCUGGUGGAGGUGAUACCUGCGGAGUCAUCCAUACCUCUGCCGAGUGACCCCACAGCAGAGUCAGCAGCAGCAGCGGGAGUACAUGGGGUUACAGCGCUGGGGUGGAGGGCUGUGUGGUUCCUGGAGAGGGUCCCUGGUGGAGUGUUCAGCUCACUAUUUCAGAGAAUUCCUGGUGGCACGCGGUUCGUUCUCCUCAACAGUUUCUCGCACCUCGUUCCAAGCUUCCACUUACAAGGCAAUGAGAGCAGCCCUAAAAGAUUGCCCCCUCCUCCCCGUGGUGCUCUAGAGCUGGAUCCUGCUGCCACCCCUUCAAAUCUUGCGCCAUUUCCUCCUACAGUAGAAUUGUGA